AUGGCUACUACAGAUACGGAGGAAAGGGUCGGGGAACAUGCAGGCCAGGAAGUGUCAGUUGGAGGGAAAUUGCCCACAACACCUCCAUUGUCAACAGAUCCGUUGUGUUUGGAUGUCGUCGGGUCCAAUAACGUCACUUUCCAACCCUAUGAUCAAGUGUUUGAGGCACCGCACUUGAAACGAAUUGAUCUAGUGCACAUGAAAAUGGAUUCGCCAGCGAUGGAAGAAGAUCAUAUGCAGACGCCAAAGCUGGAGCAUCCGCCAUUGGUAAUUGAAUCCCUGGUGUCAAGGCUGUCUCAACCUGAGAAAAAUGAACAUCAGCAACAAUGCCAAGGGAACGGAGAGGAAGAUGUCAUAAUAUCCGGACACCCAGACUAUUUCACUCAAAACGUUCCGCAAGACUCGUUUGUUGCCGAUAUCUCUCGAACACCAUCCUCGUCCAAUGUAUCGUCAACUGGACUGAGUGGUUCCUCGAAUAGUCAACUUGACAGUUCUUCCACACCGGUCUCUCCUGAUAGUCGUGUAAGUGCAUGGAAGGAUUACAUGCCUUCAUUCAAUCCUGAAAGUAACAGACCUGUUUCUGUUCCCAACUUUCAAAGUAAAACUUUGUCCCGGCGCCGAGAUGGACCGGACUAUCCCAAUUACCCAGAUCAAUCAUUCAAGGCUCUGCAGAAUCAACAUUAUCCUCCGCCCUACCAACCAAGCGAACCUCAGCAUCUACGCACUCGAAGCUCUCAUCCUGCCCAGAAUCUGUCCUUUUCCUCGAGCGAUGAGAAACCUGCGCGGGGCUACCCACAAAUUCCUUCAGGAGCAAAGACAGCUGGCAACACGCCAGCACAGAGUCCUGGAUUAUUCACGCCCAUGUUGUCGAAGAAGCACUGGACGGGUGAGUCCGACGAGACGCGUUCAGGCACUCCUAUGCUCCAUCCCGCCCAUUUACAGGCGCCCAAAGAAACACAUAAAUUGCUGAAAGAUAUUGAUCCUAUAUCUGGCAGAAAGACCAUCAAUCACUAUGAACUACUGGAGAAGCUUGGAAGCGGUAACCAUGGUACCGUGAAGCUUGCCCGAGACUUGGUCACGGAUACCUUGUGCGCCGUCAAGAUUGUGCGGCGCUUUUCGAAGAAGUUGCGACUGGGCCGAUCAGGAGAUCCGAACGACAUGAUAAAGAAAGAAGUCGCCAUUCUCAAAAAAGCUCGACAUCCGAAUGUUGUCAGCUUGCUUGAAGUCAUUGAUGAUGACGAAUGGGGCAAAGUUUACCUGGCCCUCGAAUAUGUCGAGCGAGGAGAGAUUGUUUGGCGUAAACCAACUGACAAGGAUGUUGCGCUAUUUGAGAUGGAGCGUUGCGAACGCGAGUUGGCAAAUGGCCUCAGCGACGACCACGAGAGAGCGGCUAUUGAGGAGUUCAACCGGUUGGCACCGUCAAGACGACAUGAGAAAGCCCAACGGCUCGCAGAUCAGGAACGCAGGGAUAAAGAACGCUCUGGUUGCGGAGGUGCCCACCGCGAAGCACGAAACCCCGGCUUCGAUCCUUACUUCUCUCUUGAGUAUGGUGGCGCAUCCGAAGAUGAGGCCGGUGCAGAACCUAUAGGCCAAUUUGCAGCUCAGAUCCAAGGUAAAAAGCAGCCGACAAACGAGCCAAUGCCGGUAGACUCGACAGAGGGUUUGCCUCAGAGUGAGACGCCAAUCCACACCCCGAAGCCAGUCUCAUACUCACUAGACACAACCAGCACGCCCGCGAGCGCAUCAUCCUCUCGCCCGGAGACGCCGGCACAGUAUGGAGGUCCGACGUCAGGACUAGAGGUCAAAGAAACCGCUAAAGAUGUCGAGUUGCAGUCCUUGCUAAACAAGAUCAUCCUCGGACAACAGGAUUGGAAUGGAAUCGAUGAAAAUUUCCGCUACGUGCCAUGCCUUACGUUGGCCCAAGCUCUGGAUGCAUUCCGUGAUACCGUCCUUGGGCUGGAAUACUUGCACUAUCAAGGCAUCAUUCAUCGUGACAUAAAGCCUGCUAACCUGUUGUGGACAACGGGCUUUCGUGUCAAAAUCUCUGACUUUGGAGUAUCCUACCUCGGCAAGCCAAUUAGAGAAGAUGACAACAACGAAGAGAUUGCUGAAGCUGACGCGGAGGUACACGAUGAAGCCAUCGAGCUUGCGAAAACGGUGGGCACUCCAGCUUUCUAUGCCCCAGAGCUUUGCGACCCUCAUUAUUUCGAAGUCGGUGGGGACUCUGAUCGUCCAGCAAUCACUGGUCAGAUUGACGUUUGGGCUCUUGGAGUUACACUUUAUGCAAUGGUCUUCGGACGACUUCCUUUCUUCGACGGCAACCAGUUUUUAAUGUACGAGAAGAUAGCGCGUAACGAGGUCUUCAUUCCUCGAAUGCGCCUCAAAGGUGUUUCUCAUGAGAUCGCGAGCAAAGCAUUCGGAACGGUCACGGAUCGUAGAAAGAGAUUCGAUGAUAUCCUCGAGUACGAAGCUGUCAAUGAUGAGCUUCGCGAUUUGUUGAAGCGCCUGCUCGAGAAGAAGCCUUCUAAACGCAUCACCCUGAAAGAGGUUAAACAUCAUCCCUGGGUGCUUCAAGGCAUUACAGAUCGAACUCUCUGGAUCGACGAGACUGAUCCAUCACUGCAAAGCGAAGGCAAGAAGAUUGAAGUCUCCACGCAAGAAGUCCAGGAUUCCGUCACGCCACUUACUGUUUUUGACCGCGUCAAAGCGGGAUUCCAGAGAGUCGGCUCUGUCUUACGAGGCCGUGGCUCUCAACAUCGCAAGAGGACUAACAGCAAUACAAAAGCUCCUGAUGGCGCAGGCUCAACGGGUGCUACCAGGAAUUCCCAGAGUGUCAAAGAUGAGAGGAGGCCUAGUUUGAGGGGAGACGAGCAGAUUCUACCUGCACUACGCGCAUCGAGAGAGACCUCAGAGCAUCCACUUGCGCAGAGUGUCGCAGCCAGCCCCGAAUUGAAGGACAAUCACUCCUGUUUUGACGACAGUGGAAACGCUGUGAGGCCUGCAAGUGAUCCGCAAGCCAACCGACCAGUGCUCACUGACCGCACGCUAUCCACCGCUGAUUCCAUGAAGACUAUACGUGCUCCUGUGCCUGCCCUUUUAAGAGAAGCCUCAUCGCCAAACACUUCAUCACCGAAUGAAGACUUCUCGUCAGCGACCACCACUGUUGUUGACCCCACGUCAAACUCGUCAUCAAGUCUUAGCAACGUGUUUUCGGGGGCAGGACGACGAUUCGUGGACAGUAUGCGAACUAGAGAGCGAGGUGUUAGACGCCAGAGUCCCUCUCGAUCAAGUCGCUCAUCCUCUAUAGGUGACAGCACUGAAGACUUUCAUGCAUCACCAAGCCUUGCUCUCUCGUCGGCCAUUGCUGCCGGGCAUGUGGACCAGCCCCCGGCUCUUCGUGAAGGACCCGACGCACACCCUGUGCUGCAGGAUUCACCAAGUGAAGCGUUUCGGCGUGCACAAGAGCAGAAUUACCGCCGCCAGACUUUUGAGCAUGCGCAACGCAGAAGUCGUCCUCCAACAGUGUCCAUGGGUACAGAUGUUGCCUGCCCACCCUCUCCAGACGAUGAGAUCUUUCUUCCUCAGUUUCGUCCUACUUCAGCAGCAGACAUCACUUCGGCCUUCGUCAUCUCUUCAUCCUCGGACCAGAUUGGUUCGGGUGAAUCGAUGGCUCACUCUCGUGUCCCUUCCGUCGUCAGUGGGGCCUCAUCCCUAUCUGUGCCUUUUGAAGAAGACGAAGAGACCCGGGCCCAUGUCCUUGAAAAAUCCAUUUCGCCCUUGACUAUCGGUAGAAGGAGCGGGUCGCAUCACCGUGGAACUGAAAGCGAAACGCCCAGACUAACUCCAUCGAUUGCGAGAGCCGCAGCGGAGAGAGCAGCAGCAGACGAGGAUGACGCAGGCUACAACGGCGAAGGAGAACAAGACUCGGAUAGUGAAGAUGAAGGCCUGGCAAUGGCCUGA